UAACCGGCCCAGUCGUCUCUAUCUGGUUCAGUGUUUCACGUUGUCAGUGUGUUAGCAGUGCCGGUCUUCCUGAAUGCCGGCGACAGUCUUACGAUUUUUUUUUUGUUUUCGCGAAUGAGCCGUUCAUCAAUUUUAUAUUAAUUAUUCAUAGAAUAUUUCGUCCAACAAAAAUUCCAUUCGUUUUAUUUCGCGCUUUGAUUCCGCCGUUGUGAUCAGUAUCAAGCUGUUGUAACAGUUUUGUUGGCUGGUCGUUAAGAUGAAGGACUUUCGGAACUGAGGGGAGCGAAUGGUGUUGCGAAUUGUAAGAGCGGCGGUCGAGAAAAAUAUCUCGUCGUAACGACAACGUGAACGCGCAAGCACCACGACUUCAACGACGUCGACUUUUACGAACAAUAUGAUCAUAUCCAAGGACUUGUUUUUGUUGGGCGAUCAAGAUUACUUGCGCCUACCCAAAGACGAAAAGAGGUCCAGAAAUGCCAACAAGAUUCUCAGAUUGGAGAAUGGCGUGAACGUGCAAGAACCACCGGGAUGUAUGCAUCCACUACCGGCUCAUCGGCCGAUCGAGUUGACUUUUACCAACCUGACGGUGACAUUGGACAACAAGAGACAAGUACUCAAAGACGUCAGUGGACUUGUGAAACCCGGAGAAGUGUUGGCCGUCAUGGGACCCUCAGGAUGUGGAAAAACUACACUUCUCAACUGCCUGGCGGGCCGAACCAAAUUGGACUCCGGAUGUAUUCACCUCAAUCGUGAGCGUUUGAACAAGCGUUGUAAGAGACGUAUAUGUUAUGUAUUGCAACAAGAUAUUUUUUUCCCCGACCUGACUCUGAGGCAAACCCUUGAAUAUGCCGCUCUUCUGAGGCUACCCGAUUCGUUAUCUCGAAAUCAGAAAAUGCAAUAUGUUGAUCAUAUCAUAGACGUUCUCGACCUUAACAACUGCCAAGAUACAAUUAUUGGAGACUAUAUGAAACGUGGACUAUCUGGUGGCGAAAAAAAACGAGCUAACAUUGCUUGUGAACUCUUAACUAACCCUGCUUUAAUGCUUCUUGAUGAGCCUACUACUGGACUCGAUUCCCAUUCAGCUUAUAGCCUAAUGUCAUCUCUAAAAAAAUAUGCAGAAAAAGAAGGAAAAACUAUUGUUGUCACUGUUCACCAACCAUCAUCUCAAAUAUUUCACAUGUUUGACAAAUUGCUGUUGAUCUGUAAUGGACAAACUGCUUAUUUCGGAGAUAUUAGUAAAGUUGUCAACUUUUUUAGUGAUAUUGGAAUGACAAUAGCACCUCAUUAUAACCCUGCUGAUUUCAUUUUGGAACAAGUUAAAGGAACAGAAGAAAUGAAGGAAAAAAUAAUAGCGGCUUCAAAAAGAGCUAAAGAAGAUUAUUAUAACCAAGAGUUACUACACUUAAGUUGUUCUUGUGACAAAUAUUUGAAUAAUUAUUGUCAUAAUCAUAAUCAUAGUAAUGAUAAUUAUAAUUGCCAAUGGCCAUUAAAUACAACCAAUGGGCACAUUUGUACAGCUUUUAGUGAUUCAUCUACUGAUAGCAAUGAAAAAUGUUAUACUGCCAUUACAGUUACUGAAGAUGAAGCAAGAACUUUAUGGUUGGAUAGUCAAAGUCAUUCUUCUACAUCAACAUCUGAUGAAGAUUUUACUUGGCAAUGGCCAACUAGUUUUUGGACUCAAUUUAAAGUUUUAAGUCAGAGAAAUUUUCAAGAAGCCCGUCCACGUAUGUUAAGUACAUUAAAUUGGGUGCAAACUGUGGCACUUGGCCUUUUAGCUGGCUUGCUAUGGUUUCAACUUCCUCGUACAGAACAAUCGUUACAUAAUAUUCAGGGUUGGAUGUUUUUUUCUACUACUUAUUGGAUGUUAUUUGCUCACUUUGGAACAUUAUCAUCUUUUCCUCCCGAGCGAGAAGUUAUAAAUAAAGAAAGACAAAGUGGAGCAUAUCGUCUUAGUGCAUAUUAUUUGGCAAAAAUGGUCGGUGAAUUGCCAUUAACAAUAACUCUGCCAGCUGUCUAUCAUUUGAUCUCUUACCCAAUGCUUGGCAUGCACAGCUUUAGUACAUUCUUCAUUCUUUUACUGUUUCUUCUGUUAAAUACUAUUGUUGCUCAGAGUGUGGGAUUCUUUGUUGGAGCAUUUUGUAUGGAUAUGCAAGUUUCAAUUACCAUAAGUGCACUUUAUACCUUAGCAACACAGCUAUUUGGUGGUUAUUUAGCAACCAAUAUACCUAGCUGGUUACAAUGGAUGCAGUAUCUUAGUAUGGUACAUUAUGCGUACCAAAAUAUGCAAAUUGUCGAAUUUGGCGAUGGAGAGCCCAUAAGAUGUGCAGAGCAAUCCAAGUACUUGGUAUGUCAAAAUUCUACAUUCAUACCAGCAUCAUCUAUUGUUAAUGCACAAGGAGCAUCAUUUCCUCUAUGGCUAAAUACAAUUAUUUUAUUUGCCUUUCUUAUCGUGUUCAGAAUGUUGGGUUAUUUAGUACUGCGUUUUAUUCGAAGACCAAAGUGAAUACCUAAAUUAUUGUUGGCUGUGAGCGAUAUAUUUUUUUAAUUACUAAUAGUUUUAAAAACAAAAUAUGGCUGUGUCAUUUUAGACAUUAUAAUAUUUUUUAUCUCGUUAUAAAUAUUAAACUUAGAGACUCGUUUUUCAACUCAAAUAACCCGAACUCAUUUCCUAACACUAAAAUUUGGUGCUUGUACCUAUUUUAAUAUGAUUUCGGGAAUAGCAGUAAAAUGUGUUUCACACAUUUACUGCUCUGUUUUGAUUUUUUUUACUAUGUUUUAAUUAAGUUUUUAAAUGUUGCAUGGAAAUUAUUUUAAGACUUUUAAUUACCUAUUUGUUAGUUUUUAAAAUUUAUUAUAAUAAUUAUUGUUUUAUUGAGUCGAACGUAUGGGAGAUGUUUGUCGCAAAUACUUCUGAAAUGAAUUUUUGUUAUACUGUUCGCACAGAAUUUGUUACUACUUAGAUAAUCACUUUUUUUAUUUUAGUUUUUAAAAUGCUUUAUUAUUUUUAAUUGAAUCACCGUUAUUUUUAUUUUACUAUGUAUAAAUUAUACAUUUAUUUUUUAUUUUAAGUAUUUUA